AUUUUCCAGACCCAUUUUCGGAUUUCGUUAACGCAAACCUGCAUAUACACGCACUACACCCGACACUUUUUAUACACACAGACACAAAUGUCAGCUUUAUGGGCGCGAAUGAGGCGGCCGACCCGGUUUAUAGUUGGCACCACGCUUCUCGGCACAGGGGUUUACGGCCUUGACGCUCGCACCGAAGCACAGCUAAUUCAACGCAAUAUACGUACAUUUUACAAUGGCAUUGCUUUAGCCGUCGACUACAAGCUGAAUUUCCGACCAUCGCUCGAGCCCGACAGCGCUUCACGGAUCGAGUCUCUCCAUGAACGCGUGGCCAAUCGUAUUUUUGACGUUUUUGAGCGCAACGGUGGUCUGUAUAUCAAAGUUGGCCAGGUUAUCGGAACCCAGUCCGCUGUCCUACCGCCUGCUUACCAACGGCGAGCACGACGACUCUAUGAUGCUGCGCCUGCUUUACCGUUUGAAGUCGUCGAGCGUGUCUUUCGAGAGGAUUUCAAUGGAUUGCAUCCCAGCCAAGUUUUCUCCGAGUUUGAAAUGCUGCCUGUUGCUUCGGCUUCGAUUGCUCAAGUUCAUAGAGCCAGGCUGCAUUCGGGUGAAGUCGUUGCUGUCAAGAUCCAAAAACCUGCUAUUCUCAAGCAAAUGGACUGGGAUUUGCUUGCGUUUAGAAUCUUGUUACAAGUUUAUGAAAGGCUGUUUGACUUGCCACUGUCGUGGUCAUCCGAUUAUAUCGAGAAACAUAUACGCAUGGAAACUGAUUUUAUCAGUGAAGCAAGUAAUACAGAAAAAGCAAAAGAAUACUUUAAUGAGGAAGCUACGUUCAGGGAUCGAGUUUACGUCCCAAAAGUAUACCAUAACAUCAGCUCCAAACGUGUACUCGUUUCCGAGUGGGUAGACGGUGUACAAGUUACGGACGCACAAAAAUUGAAGGCCAAAAAUCUCAAUCUGGAUAGAGCAAUGUAUACAACGAUAGAAGCAUUUUCUAGUCAGAUCUUUAAGAGUGGUUUUGUGCACGGCGAUCCGCAUCCUGGUAAUGUGCUUGUUAGGAAGCAUCCAACUAUUAAAGAUGACGUGCAAGUUGUGAUUAUCGACCAUGGAUUGUACAUUCAGGAAUCGGAAAAAUUUCGUCUAGAGUAUUGUAAAUUAUGGGAAGCAUUGUUUAUGUUAGACAUGGAUACCAUGAACCGGAUAUGUAAAAGCUGGGGAAUUGAAGAUUCAAAUAUGUUUGCAUCUAUAACACUGCAAAAGCCAUUCAGUCCCAACAAAGCUGUACAUCUGGGAAAAGCGAAUGUGAAUAUGCAAGACAUUUAUGAAUUACAAGUGUCUCUCAAGGACCGGAUCAAGAAUUUCCUCAAGGACCAAGCACUCUUUCCACGAGAGCUAAUUUUCGUAUCAAGAAACAUGAAUAUCGUACGCGCCAACAACAAGGCUUUGGGAAGUCCGGUAAAUCGCAUCAACGUCAUGGCUCGGUGGGCACUGCGUGGAUUAGCUGAGCAGCGCAAUGUUUCACUUGACGACAACCAAUCUAUCACCACGGGCCAGAAAUUUAGGAGCUAUUUGUACUCGACGUGGCGACUAUGGUUAUUCGAUUGCACAUUAAUGGUUAUGAGCGUUAGUUUCUGGCUCGUGAAGUUGCGGGACAAGACAAAUAGGCUAUUGUAUGGAAGCACGAGUCAAGGUUUCGAGGAAGUAUUAGAUCAAAAGUUGAAAGAACAGUUGCAACAACAGUUCGGUAUCGUGAUUGAUGAAUCACUCUUUGAUGCGUAAUUUAUCAGAGAAAUGAAUUUUUACACAAGGAAACAAAAAGAACAUGUAAAUAUAUUUGCGCCUGUCCAAAAUGUAGUAUUCACAAAGCUUGUAAAUUUUGUCAGCGACAUAGAGAACACCACCCCUCUCAAUAUUUAUUUAACAAUUAUCAACUACACUUGUUUAAUUUUCAUAUGCAUCUUAGUAAAAAUAUGAAGCAUUCGACAAAUUCACCCGCA